AUGAUGUUUCCCUCCAAGGUGCCGCGCGUCUUUAUCCUGGCUGGCUUUGUGCUGAUAUUCCUGGUCGUGGGCACCAACUAUUAUCUUUUCGAUGACGAGCCACGGUAUGCCCCCGCGACCAACUGGUCGGGACACGUCGGCGACGACUUGAGCCAGACCAAGACUCCGGAGGAUGUGGUCGUUGGUGCAGAUGUUGGGGGCGUCGAGGAUCCUGGUUAUCUGGGCCACAGUACAGAACCUGCAGUGGCUGAACCCAUCCCAGCUGAGCCAGAGGCCAAGCCUGAGGCCGAGCCUGAGCUGCCAAUCAACCCAGUGCCGGUACCUGAUCUAGCGCCGGAGCCAGAGCCAGCGUCAACGCCAAUGCCAACGCCAACCGCGGCGCCCAAGGCAUUAGACGUCACACCAGAAAUCGCCAAAUUGCCGGCUCAGCCUGAAUUCGGAGACGACAAUCCGCACCCUUUGCUGCCGCCCGGCGAGUGCCCUGAGCUGGAGUUCCUGGAGCGAGCGCACUCGGCACACAACUUCAGCUCCAAAGUGCGCUACAAGCAGGUCUGCAUCGAACCGAGCUUUUCGGCCGACGUCGACCGCGAUGCCGUGGCCAACAUCUCGGAGCGAAUCUUUGGCGGCGAGGUGACGGUGAACCUAGGCGACUGCAGCAGCGCACAGCUCCCGCGGUGCGUCCCCAUUAAGCUCCAAGUACCGCAACCUUACCGGCCUUCCAACAUCUCGCACUUCAUAUUUGGCAUCUCGACCGACUAUGAGCGGCUCCAGAGCGAGAUCGACACGUUUGCGCACUGGCUGUCCAAGCCUGGGGGAUCUGGUGCCAAGUUGGUAGCCCUGGUGACCGAUUACGCGGAACAGAAGAAUGGGAGCAUCCAUGAGCUCCAACAGCGGUUUGUUGCUGCCGGCAUCAAUGCCGACAUAGUUCCGCCUCUCAACGAAUUACACACAGUAUCUCAGUCCCAUUUUUCAGUUCUGACCUACAUGUACAACCGGAGCACCCCGGCGACUCAGUGGUAUGGUUUGCUGGAUGAUGACACUUUCUUCCCCAGGGGUCUGCAACCGCUCUCGGAUGCGUUGGCGACUCUGGACCACAAGAAGGACGUCUACGUCGGCGCCCUCUCGGAGGACCUACAGGCCAUCCGCGUCUUCGGCUUCAUGGCGUUUGGAGGUGCUGGUGCCUACUUUUCGGCACCUCUGGCCGAGAAACUCGCCAAGGAGGCCCGCACAUGCAUGGAAGAGUCUGGCGACGUUCCGGGAGACAUCAUCAUCCGGGACUGCGUGUAUCGACAUUCCAAAGUGAAACUGACCAUCCUGCCUGGUCUCUUCCAGCAGGAUUUGAGGGACGACGUCAGUGGGUUUUUCGAGUCCGGCGUGCAGCCCAUCAACCUGCAUCACUGGAAGAGCUGGUACAAGGAGCCGGUCGUCGAAAUGGCAGCAGCGGCAUCGUACUGUGGCGACUGCUUUCUACAGAGGUUCCGAUUCGGCGGCGACACCGUAUUCACGAAUGGCUACUCAAUAAAUAGGUACCGCUACGGCCACAAAUAUCUCGACCUACAGACCAUGGAGGGCACCUGGUCUAACGCCAACAAGGACUUCGACUUUAGCAUCGGGCCGGUCCGGCGGAAGAUGGUACCAGACGAGAAGAAGAGCUACAAGCUGGCCGAUGUAGAUUUCAGCGAUGUUGGGGAUUUCAAGCAGCUCUACGUGUGGAAAGGAAACGCCAAUGCGAAUGAGAUGGACGGCAUCAUAGAAGUGAUCUGGCAGAGAUAUGGGUAA